CGUCUCGGCAGACUGUACAAACUUCCGGUUAGGAAGAUGGCGGCUUCCUAGAACCCUGUGAUUGACUGGCGGCGGUGCCCAGCCUGCAGCGGUGUGAACGCACGCGAGCUUUGUGUCGCUGUGAGCUAACUGCAAUACGGCUUGCUGCAGCUCCAGGUGUGGGGUCCACUGGAAGCCUUACUGGGUCAGAUGCCCGGUGACCAGGCAACUGCGGUGUGCUUAUUGGCCUAGUAAAGGGGACACUGUCUGCCCUGUGCAAGCAGUGGGAAGCUAACUCCGAGGUACACUUCAGUGGGCUGACUGCUUGUGGCUCAGUGCUUAGAGAGUUGGCCAGUGCGCCAUGGGCCUCCACCUUCAGCAUCACGCAGAACAGGAUCCUGGCUUCCACCAUCCCCUCUCCAUCUAAUCACUCCGGAGCCAUGGAGGUAACCGAGGCCAACAGCCCCACCGAGGAGGAGGAGGAAGAAGAGGAGGAAGGAGAGGAGCGGACAUCUGAGCCCAGGCUUCACACGCGCUCUAACCCUGAGGGAGCUGAGGACCGGGCCCUGGGGGCUCAGGCCAACGUGGGCAGCCGCAGCGAGGGUGAGGGUGAGGCAGCCAGUGGAGAUGAUGGGGUGCCCAGUGCCCCUGGGGCUGGACCCAAGCCCUGGCAAGUACCAGCAACAGCAUCUGAGGUCCAAAUUCGAACACCAAGGGUCAACUGUCCAGAAAAGGUGAUCAUCUGUUUGGAUCUUUCGGAGGAGAUGUCUAUGCCAAAGCUGGAGUCCUUUAAUGGCUCCAGGACAAACGCCUUGAACGUGUCUCAGAAGAUGGUUGAAAUGUUUGUGCGCACAAAGCACAAGAUUGACAAGAGCCACGAGUUUGCGCUGGUUGUAGUAAGCGACGACUCUGCCUGGCUGUCGGGCCUGACCUCUGACCCACGAGAGCUCUGCAGCUGCCUGUAUGACCUGGAGACGGCAUCCUGUUCCACAUUCAAUCUAGAAGGCCUCUUCAACCUCAUCCAGCAGAAGACCGAGCUGCCAGUCACAGAGAAUGUGCAGACCAUCCCACCCCCCUAUGUUGUGCGUACCAUCCUGGUCUACAGCCGCUUGCCUUGCCAGCCCCAGUUCUCGCUGACUGAGCCCAUGAAGAAGAUGUUCCAGUGUCCCUACUUCUUCUUUGACAUUGUUUACAUCCACAAUGGCGCUGAAGAGAAGGAAGACGAGAUGAGCUGGAAGGACAUGUUUGCCUUCAUGGGGAGCCUGGACACCAAGGGCACCAGCUACAAGUAUGAGGUGGCACUGGCUGGUCCUGCCCUUGAGCUGCACAACUGCAUGGCCAAGCUGCUGGCCCAUCCACUGCAGAGACCCUGCCAGACCCACGCGAGCUACAGCCUGCUGGAGGAGGAUGAGGAGGCUGCUGAGGGGGAAGCCAUUGUGUGACCUGUGACCCAUGACAUCUAUGUACCCUCCCAUAAGGAGAAUGCACCCAUGCCCUCAUUCCUGGCCUACGCCCACACUGUCCCCUGUAAAUUAAUUCUUCCUGAGAUAAUUUUGUCACCAGAAUAAAAGUCUUGAGGCCUUCCA